CGGUCGUGGUGCGGUACUUGACCAGGCGGUACAUCGGCGAGUACAGCUCGACGAGUGAUUUUCUCUACCGACACAGCGUCACCAUCGACAAUGUCACCACCGAGGUCGAGAUACUGGACACUUCCAGGUGCGAGGAAAACGGAUGUCUCUACUCGCACAUAAGAUGGGGCGAGGCCUUCGUCGUGGUCUACAGCGUGACGUGCAAGCGCAGCUUCCAGGAGGCGAGGGGACUCCUGAAGCAGCUUGCCGAUCUGCGGCUGCCAUCCUACUUUACCGCCCUCUUGCUCGGCAACAAGCGAGAUCUCGAUCAUGCACGAGAGGUGUGCGUGGACGAGGGCCAGCAGCUAUCCCUGGCGCACGGCUGCCAGUUCUACGAGGUGAGCGCAGCGGAGAGUCCCGCGGGAGCCGCCCUGGCUUUCCAGGCGCUCCUGCGGGAGGCGCGCUCGGUCCAGCUCCUGCGCGCCCUGCCGAUCCGCCGGAAGCUGGGGGUCCACUCCGUCUCCAGGGUCCUGGGCACCAUCUUCGGCAAGAACACCACCAAGGACCGGAAAAAAAGGCCCUCGCUCAGCAUAUGACGCCUCCUCUGCGCGCUCCUCCUCGGGGGUCGUGACGAUCCCGGCAACAGGACCGACAUCGUGGUCCUGCGCAGCAACGUGCACUCCGAUCGCUGAUCGCCGAUCGGUCCGACACGAGGAUCACCCCGAAGAGGAGCGCGCCGAAGAGGACCCGACCGGCCAGAUUCGGCAGGACCCUCUUCGACCCCGAACCCUCCAGGUUGGACCACUUCCUGGCUGGCUGGAACCCACAACCGGCGCUCCAGGGGUGUCAGAGUGCGUCACUGGUGAACGGAACUAAUCUCUCGCUUGGGGAGAAACGAACGCUUUCCCUUUAGCGCCGAACUACUCGAGUAGCUCGAUGGGACUGUCAUCUCGCGCCACUUCGCGUUGACAUUCCACGAUGGACCAACGUCAUCAUCUCGAGGUGGAACUUCGAACCCCUCGUGGCACUUCGAUGGUCGAAGUGGUCGCGCGAUUCCGAUGUAUAUACGGUUGACGAGUUUGGCGAGGAGUUGGCCAUUCGGCCGAUUCGCUGGAUGAAGAUGAUGGUCGUCCUCGAAGGACUCAUCGCUGAUCGUUAAGGGACUCCGUGAUCCCUCGAUGUUGCGAAUCUAUACCGCUUCUCUGAUUCUCUGCACGAUAGCGGCGGUGCCAUCGAAAUGGGAUUUCUUGGGAGAGUCUUUUCAAAACCCAUGAACAGGGUGAUGUGGUGGGCACGAGGGUCUUCUCUGCUGGAGCGAUGGGGGUUGCCAGUAGACGAUGAGAAGGCAUUCGGGUUCAUGAGUGUACCGGACAUUCUGGAGGAUGUAACUACAUCUUGUUUGUCACCAGGAGGAACCCUAAUCCCUUUUGAGAAAUGCGUAUCGAAGGAUCCAAGUGAAUCCUGAUGGUACAAAACACAUCCUUGUCCAAAGUCUCAGGGUGGGCGAUUCCUUUUUCACUGCUCAGUAUUUCCGAAAAUGUUCCUGGGAAGGACCUAAACGCAUUCAAAUUCAAAAUCGUAGCACAUUUUUGGAUGGGAAGGCAUCCAAUGAGUGUACCGAAUAUGUUAGAGAAUGGAACUAUAUCCUAUUCGUCACCAGGAGGGACACCAAUCCCUUUUGAGAAAUGCGUCUCGAAAGAUCCAAGUGAGUCCUGAUGAUACAAAACACAUCCUUGUCCAAAGUCCCAGGAUGGACGAUUCCUUUUUCACUCCUCAGUAUUUCCGAAAAUGUUCCUGGGAAGGAUCUAAACGCAUUCAAAUUCAAAACCGUAGCCCAUUUUUUACCGGACUCUCUGGAUGAAACGCAAACAUAACUUUAAACCAAUCCUGACCUCACCUUUAUUGGAAGCUUUCCACAUUCCCUACACAAUGUUUGACUCACAAAUACCAGCUUUAUAAAUUAUGACUCUCUCGGAAUUCUCCUCGUGGGUGCAAAUUUCGCGUUGGUGGUGAAUGGGGCGUUUCUUUAGAUUCGUCCUGGUGAUGGUCCAGGAUCUUUGUACAGAUCCGAGAGAUCCCCAGACGUUGGCAUCGCCGCAGCUAAGAGGGUCGCGCUGCCAGUCCUUCGAGAAAGAGACUUUUGACAGUUGUCAAAUGACGGAAUUACGAAGAUGCUCCUAAUAUUGAGCCGCAGCUGAUCGAUCCGCUACAAUGACUGGCCUCUCGUGUGCAAUUACACUGUUAAAAAUAUCCUUUCGAAAUACAAUAUACAAGUAGUAGACAUUUCCUCAACGCACAAUAUUUCGAAAUUUCGUACACUGAGAAAAAGUAUUAUUUAACCGAAACAAAUA